UUGGCUAUCAGUUCAAAAUGUUGGUUAUUGCAGGCGAUGCUGUACCGAUGUUGUGACGUUAAAGAUUUUCUAACAGUAUACACCAAACAAUCGCGUCUUAAACGCGUUUAGUUAAAAUUUUGUUCAAAAUUUGCUAAAUAUGGCUGCUGUAAGUUCUAUAUCAAAUGUCGAAAACUUAUCUCCACAAAUUAUUCGACGUGUAGCUAAAGAAAUGAGCGAAUUAGCUACACAACCACCCGAGGGUAUUCAUGUUAUUUUAAACGAAGAAGAUGUUACUGAUAUUCAAGCUAUCAUAGAAGGACCCUCUGGAACGCCAUAUGCUGGUGGUUUCUUCAGAGUAAAAUUAGCUCUUGGCAAAGACUUUCCUCAAGGACCACCAAAGGCAUUUUUUCUUACAAAAAUUUUUCAUCCAAAUGUUGCAAAAAAUGGAGAAAUUUGUGUUAAUACUUUAAAAAAGGAUUGGAAAUCAGAUCUCGGAUAAUUUAUAUAGCUAACUUAUUCAUGUUUGUAGACUGUAAAAUGUCUCUUAAUAGUGCCAAAUGCAGAAUCUGCUUUAAAUGAAGAAGCUGGUAAAUUACUUUUAGAAAGGUAUGAUGAUUAUUCAGAACGAGCGAAAAUGAUGACAGAAAUACAUGCACAGGGAGGUGGAAAAGGUAGAAAAGUUGGUCUUGAAAGUUGUACUUCCUCUGAAGUCGGAGGACCUCUCCCGAAAAAGCAUGCAGGAGAUAAAAAACUAUCGGCGGAAAAGAAAAAAAUAUUAAAAGAUAAGAAGAGGACACUCAAAAGAUUAUAA